ACAGGGAGAUGGAAGGGCCAGAGUGGCAGCAGGGAAAGUGUGAAGAAGGGUCCCAGCAAAGACAAGGGUUACCCGUUUGGUACAUUUUACCGGAGAACAGCUCUAGAAAGACGAGCUUCUUGGUUCUUCUAAGCGUUGGCCGAGGGUUCCCCGGGGAAGGCUUACUCGUCUCUGCCAAUCCUCCGCGGCCUGCCGGCUCCGCUAGCCCAGCUGCCCUCAGCCUCCACCGCCUGGAGUAGCAGUAGAAAAGCCGCAGCCUGCUGGGCCGGAGUUGUAACCCCGCCUUCCGCACCCCGCAGGGGUGGAGUCUGAGCGAGGAGCCUGCGAUCAGCCCUCUCUCCUCGGAUGACAGGCGGCAGGAUAACAUGGAGUCGAGCAAGAUGGCGCCUCCCAAGAACGCUCCGAGAGAUGCCUUGGUGAUGGCACAAAUCCUGAAGGAUAUGGGAAUUACGGAGUAUGAACCAAGGGUUAUAAAUCAAAUGUUGGAAUUUGCUUUCCGAUAUGUGACUACAAUUCUGGAUGAUGCGAAAAUUUAUUCAAGCCAUGCUAAGAAACCUAAUGUUGAUGCAGAUGAUGUGAGACUGGCAAUCCAGUGUCGGGCUGAUCAGUCUUUUACUUCUCCUCCUCCAAGAGAUUUUUUACUGGAUAUUGCAAGGCAGAAAAAUCAAACCCCUUUACCACUGAUUAAGCCAUAUGCAGGACCCAGACUGCCACCCGACAGAUACUGCUUAACAGCUCCAAACUAUAGGCUGAAGUCCUUAAUUAAAAAGGGACCUAACCAAGGAAGACUAGUUCCACGGUUAAGUGUUGGUGCUGUUAGUAGCAGACCUUCCACUCCUACUAUAGCAACCCCACAAACAGCUUCUGUCCCAAGUAAAGUUGCACCUCCAGUGUCAGUGACAAGCCAAAGAUUUACAGUGCAGAUUCCACCUUCUCAGUCCACACCUGUCAAACCAGUUCCUGCAACGACUGCAGUUCAAAAUGUUCUGAUUAAUCCUUCAAUAAUUGGGCCCAAAAAUAUUCUUAUUACCACCAACAUGGUUUCAUCACAGAACACGGCCAACGAAUCAAACCCAUUGAAGAGAAAACAUGAAGAAGAUGAUGACAAUGAUACUAUGUAAGGAAUACAAUCAAGAUGUAUUUCAAACGUGUAGUUGGUUUGGAGCCCAGUAUACUGAACUAGAAUAUUCUUUAUCUUCUCAAGUUUUAUCUUAGAAAACUUAAAUGUAGCUGCAGUAUUUUUCACAUUGGCUUAAACUGUUAGAUGUCUUAAGCAUACCAGUGUUUUUUCAUUAGGCUCCAAGUAAAAAAGUAUUUGUUUCUUAAUACAUUAAUUCAUUAAUGUUAAAUUCUAUCAUGACAGUUUUUUAUUUGGAAGCAGUUUUCUGCCAUGUUUCACUGACAGCAGCACUUAAGUUUCAAUUGCUACAGCCUGAUCAGUAGACUAAUCUUUAACAGCAUCAUUUCUAUCUACAUUUAAAUACUACUUUCUUUUCAAGGUAAAAUAGUCACAACUUUGGUUUUCACCAACUUUUUUUAACCAAAUCUCUAAAUUUAGGAAGCAUUUUUUUGGAAAAGAUGGAUUUAAAGGGAUUCUAAAUCCAUUUUAAGUGUAUUUGUUUCUUGUUGUUCUCUAACCUCCCACCUCAACCCCGUUUCUAGAUCCCAUUCAUUUUCUGUACUGCCUCUUCCCCAUAGGGUUAAGUUUCUCCCAGUGCUCUUAGAAGGCCAAAACUGGAAUUUUAAAAGUGUAGUUCCUGAUAAUACAGUUCAGUGUCAUUUUCCUAUUUUUAAGACCUGCUUUUACAUGCCUGAUAUUCUGUGGUUCACUUUAACCCGAAGGUUUGCCUUGCUGUUUUACUCUCCAUACCAGAAUGGUUGAGUUUUACACCUUUCCUUUUAUGCUCCUUGAGCUUUAUUCUGCUUUUAACAGGUAGUUUUGGGGUCAGCCACAAUUUCGAUCUUAUAUUCCAAGUUGAUAACUCCACCAUAUUUCACAUUUCUAAAUUUAACAUAGAAGAUGCUGUAGCUUUAAAAUCUGCGUUGAGAAGUAUAUUUACACUGGACUUAGGCAAAAACCACUGAAGAGGAAGUUUUCUUCCUUUUUAUCACAUAAAAAUAUGUGAUAAAUUUUUUAUCACAUAAAAAUAUAUGCUAUAAUUACUACUGCUUGAACCCUUCUAUUGGUAUAAUUCAUUUUUCUAGCUUGUUGCUGAGGUUAUCAUAUAUGAGAUGGGAUCAAACCUGAAAAUUCUCUAAUGGUUUUCCUUCCUCUAGAAGGCCAACAAUAAAAGCAAAUCAGUGUAAUGUGACUGGCACUUAGGUGUACCAGUAGGUUUCCCAGUAAUGUUGUAAUGUUGCUGAACACUUUUCUCUUAUUUUCCAUUUAUACACAUUUAAACCUCUUAGUGGGAAAGAUUGCAAAGCUUUCAAAAAUAUUAAAUAGGUUUGUUGUUUUUAAGUUUGACAUAUUCAACAUUGGAAUACUUUUGCAGAAUUUUCUAAAAUAAAUUUUCAUAUCAUAUCAUAAUUUAGAACUUGUAGCCAAGGAUCCUCAAAACUUCAAACACAAGAAAGUUUCAUGUUAGGAUGGUGCUCUAGAUAAAUUGAAGAGAAAUAUUCCAGUAACUGAGAAGACAUGUCUCAUCACAGUCUGCGUGUUUUUGGAUAUUAGGAAAAAGGUGAUAUCAAAUUUAUAAAAACAGAUCUGAUCAACAUCAUAGGAGAGAAAUGUUCAUUAUAUAGCAUAGGAUAUCAUUACUUGAAUGUUCUCAGGGAGGCAGCAUGUCAGAAGGCCUAGGGUCUAGUCCUGGCUCCAUCAUUUACCAACUAUAUGACCUUACUUCACCUCUGAGCCUAGUUCUCUAGGCUAGUAUACUGAACUAGAAUAAUAGGAAUUAUUAUUCCUGUAGUAGAAGAACACCGACCCUGCCUACCUCACAGGGAUGUUGUGAGGGUUUAAUUGGUGUAUGUGAAAGUUCUUUGAAAAUUGUAAAAUGGUUUAUAACUCUAAGGAAUUGUUCAUGUAUUUGUUCCAAGAUUAUUAAUAAAAACUGAACUUAA